AAGUUCAGGGCGCAUGCGCGUACGGUCGGUUAAUGACGCUGUGUCCUGUUCGUGCGAGCGGCUAUCAACUCCGCGGUCCUGGUUUAAUUCCGCACACAGUGUUUAGUCGAUUUAAUCCAAAUGGAUCCUGUAAAAAUGUCGUUGCAGCCGCACAGCAAGAAACGGGUCUGCUACUAUUACGACAGUGAUAUCGGAAAUUAUUAUUAUGGCCAAGGACAUCCUAUGAAGCCACAUCGUAUAAGGAUGACGCAUAAUCUACUCCUGAAUUAUGGUCUUUAUAGAAAGAUGGAAAUAUAUCGGCCUCAUAAGGCUACAGCAGAUGAAAUGACAAAAUUCCAUAGUGAUGAGUACAUCAGAUUUCUGAGAUCCAUAAGACCAGACAACAUGUCUGAAUAUAACAAACAGAUGCAACGAUUUAAUGUAGGAGAAGAUUGCCCUGUUUUUGAUGGUUUGUACGAGUUUUGUCAAUUAUCGGCUGGUGGGUCUGUAGCUGCCGCUGUGAAACUCAACAAACAAGCUUCAGAAAUCUGUAUCAAUUGGGGCGGUGGCUUGCAUCACGCGAAAAAGAGCGAAGCGUCAGGUUUCUGUUAUGUAAACGACAUUGUACUCGGAAUUUUGGAACUGCUAAAAUAUCAUCAGAGAGUUUUGUAUAUUGACAUCGAUGUUCAUCAUGGAGAUGGUGUAGAGGAAGCUUUUUAUACAACUGAUAGAGUAAUGACUGUUUCAUUUCAUAAAUAUGGCGAAUAUUUCCCUGGAACUGGAGAUCUUCGUGAUAUUGGAGCAGGGAAGGGAAAGUACUAUGCUGUUAAUAUACCUUUGAGAGAUGGAAUGGAUGAUGAAAGCUACGAGUCAAUAUUUGUUCCCAUUAUUUCAAAAGUAAUGGAAACUUUUCAACCUUCUGCUGUCGUUUUGCAAUGUGGUGCUGAUUCAUUAACAGGCGAUCGACUGGGAUGUUUUAACUUGACUGUGAGAGGUCAUGGUAAAUGUGUGGAAUUCGUGAAAAAGUAUAAUUUACCAUUCUUAAUGGUGGGAGGUGGUGGUUAUACAAUCAGGAAUGUGUCCAGAUGUUGGACAUAUGAGACAUCUGUAGCUCUGGGAUCUGAAAUCGCAAAUGAACUUCCAUAUAAUGAUUACUUUGAGUAUUUUGGUCCUGACUUUAAACUGCAUAUUAGUCCUUCAAAUAUGGCAAACCAAAACACUCCUGAAUAUCUCGAGAAAAUAAAAACAAGGUUGUUUGAGAAUUUAAGAAUGUUACCUCAUGCACCUGGUGUACAAGUUCAGGCAAUUCCAGAGGAUGGUGCUGUUAUUGAAGAUUCGGAAGCUGAAGAAAAGGUGAAUCCAGAGGACCGAUUGCCACAACGCGACUUGGACAAGAGAAUUGCACAUGAAAAUGAGUACAGCGACAGCGAAGAUGAAGGAGAAGGUGCACGAAGAGACAAUAGAUCAUAUAAGGGAUCUAGAAAGCGACCGCGUUUGGAAAAGGGUCAGGAAGCAAUGGAUACUGAUAUAAAGAAAGAAGAAGACAUAAAAUCAGAGCCAAAAGAAAAUGAAAAAGACGAAAAAACGAAUUCUACGAAUGAGGAGGCUAAGAAAGACGGCGGAGCGAAUCCCUGAUAGAUGAUUGCCCCGGAGCAUUUGAAAAGAUGGAGAAAUUCUUAUUUAAAUUAAGUACAGAUAAGUUUAAGUAACUCAAAUAAUAGCAGCAUGUGACACAUAGAUGUCAUUCAUAGCUACUCUUUUAUCUCGUUCUAUAAUUCAAAAACCUUAUUUCUGAAAUUUAUCAAAAUUCUCGAAAAUGUUUAGACUUUUAGAAGUAUCAGAUACCAUCUUUUCUCUAUUCGUGGUAAUUCUAUUGAGAUUGACACGUAUGAGCGUGUAGUGUAGAACGAGAUAGUAAAUUAUUAAAAAUUUUGAAGCAUAUUUUUGAACGGUCUUUAAUGAAAGAUGAUAGAAAAUACCGCACAAAAAUGAUUAAAAUAUCCACGCUAGCGCGUAAUAGUGGUGUCUCAAUCGAUUCGUCAGAAUUUUAUAAUCUGACCACAAUUUUUUUUAUACAUAUUUGUUUACAACAUAUUAGUUAAAAUAUAGUAUAAAUCAAUCAAUUUUUGUCCAUGAAUCCAUUUGCAGACAUUUAUUUUAAUUUUAUAAGUACACAUCAAUUUUACAGAUUUUAAAUUCAGAUCGUAAAAUAUUGACGACUGGUUUAAGACAUUAGACAUAACCGGUUCAAGACAUUAGAGAUUUUCUCGUCUCAAUGCUGCAAUCAAAUUUGAAAUAAAUGCACACAUACACACCGACCGCGUGUAUUUUGUUCACGUGCUCGGCAUAAAAUACGUCUUAUUAAUUAUUUGCGAUUGAUUAAUUUGUUUGAUGAAGACCAAUUGCAAUUUAUGCACUAUAGAAGAACAGCACUUAGAUUAAUCGAUCUUAAUUGAUUGCCCCUUUGAAAUGGGUCGAAUGAAUUUGCUUUCUAUUCCUGUGUAUAUAAAUGCAGAAAUUAACCCUAAAGCAAAUAUCUUUGCAUGCAAUAACGAUAUUGAAAUGCUAAUAAUGUUUCUUUUUGAAAAUGUAAAAUGUAUUUUAUCUUACAUUACUAAAAAAAAACAUGUGAAUAACUAUAUUUCAUUGAUCACUCCUCUAGUUCAUCUGGCGAAUUGUAAUUGAAUAUCUUUAACAUCUUUUUUAACAUGCUUUGAGAAAAAACUAAAAAUCUCAAUUUUUUUAUACUAUCAUAAGUGUCAAUUUUCAAAAAUCUUAAUAAACUAGAGGAAUUUCACUUUUUCUAAAAGAAAAAGAAAUUGAAUAUUUCGUUGAUAUUUUUGAGUAAUAUUUGAGAGACAAAACAAGGUGGAAGAAAGUGCGAGUAAUAAACAAUUGAGGAAUGGAUAUAUAUAAUAUCCAUUUCGAGCAUAGCUGUAGAAUCUUAAAUAUAUAUAUAUAUCAAAUAAGACAUUAAUUUAAGAGAUAAAAAAAUUAUUUGUGGUGUCUGGAUCGAUUUUUGCAACAAAAACUAGAUGUCAUGUUAUAUCGCUUUGAACAAAAGUCGAGCCUGCAUUCACAAUCUUUAUGCAAUAAGCAAUAUUUUUGUUGCAAAUUCUGUCCUCAGACUAUACAUUCCCACAGUUAUUUUCACAAGCUUUUUAUGUGAAGACAAAAAUUGUGAGUCGACAGUUUUAUGUAUAUAAAUUCACUCUUUUAUAACGAUAUGCUUUCAAAUACUCGAUUAAAUGAUCGGAUGAUCAUUGAUUUUACACAUCCAUAAUUCGUAAUAAUUGACACUACGCACACAAAAAAAAUAAAUAAAAAGUGAUGUAAGUA